UAUCCUUUUGCUUUGUAAACUUUUAAGUCCACUACGGCCACCGUAGGCAGGCUGCAAGAUGGCCGCUUCGAUCUUCACGGGCGCCGUGAGAGCUGCCUCAGGAAUAUUACGCCCUCUGAAUGUCUUGGCAUCUUCAACCUAUCGGAACUGUGCCAGGAAUGCCUGUCUUAAUUCUGCACUGUACACCAUUCAUUUUAGACAUAUUCAGACGUCAGUUGUUUCCUCUGCUCCAAGACUUGUCACAUCUGUCAGACACCUGGCAUAUGGGCAUACUGCAACAGUCCUUAAUAGAGUGGCCACAUUGGUUCCCAAUGUCCUGAAGCCACCAGUCAGAGCUCUAACAUACUGCAGCACACGGAAAGGCAAGAGAAAGACGGUAAAAUCGGUCGUGCAUCGCUUCCUCCGACUUCAUUCUGGCCUUUGGCUAAGGAGAAGGGCUGGCUAUAAGAAAAAAUUAUGGAAAAAGUCAACUGCAAGAAAGAGGCGCUUGAGGGAAUUUGUGUUCUGCAGCAAGACCCAGAGUAAACUCCUAGAUAAAAUGACGACGGCUUUCUGGAAGAGGCGCAACUGAAGGAAUCUUCACGGUUUUGAUGGCUAAGGAGGUGAAUGGAGUCCAGCUAUCCGUUGUCAAUGCCCAAGACUGUCUUUGCUCAAUGGACGCAUGCCUCAGGUGCCAGGCUGUACUGGGUGGUAGGGCCAGGAGCACCACCCUCUUUUGUCCUUUUGCAUUGUGCACAGGAGGCAGUGCAACUGCAUUUCCAGAAACACCCAGCAGUCUCCCGAGACAACCCUGAGAACUCCUCUGUGAACACAGGACUUCCAUGACAGUGACAAAUGGCUUCAAACCCAAAUCAAUGUGGGCAGUCUAUGCU